UCGGUGCAACUUAAAGCUGUGUUUUGUGUAUUGAACAUUUAAACAAGAAAUUAAAUAACUUUUACUCAAAAGAAAUAAAGAAAAGCCGACGGCAUUAUUAAAAAAAAUAAAAAUAUUACGAUUACCUACCGAAAAUAAUCAUUGUGAAAUUAGUUUAAUCCAUAUUUUGUUUAGAAAAUUCCAUGAUAAACGUGUAUGUAUUUAGUUCGUAAUAUGGCUACGGAUUCAAAUCCUACUACGACGACAACAACCAAAAAAAGCGAACGUGUUAAACCAGUGGAAACAUUGGUUUUAGCAAAUAUUGCCUUGAAAGCUGAACAAAAACGUUUAAAUGGAGAAGGUGGCGUUGGCCGCAAAGAAGAUGAACGCAUUACAAGUGCGGUUAUGAAAGUGUUAGAAGGAUACGAUUGGAAUUUAGUUCAAGCAUCAGCAAAACAACCAUCAGAUCGUAAAAAGGAACAUAUCAAACGUCCUAUGAAUGCGUUUAUGGUAUGGGCUCAAGCAGCUAGACGUGUUAUGUCCCAACAACAUCCACAUUUACAAAAUUCCGAGUUAAGCAAAUCUCUAGGAAAAUUAUGGAAAAACCUUAAGGAUUCCGAUAAACAACCAUUUAUGGAUGUAGCUGAGAAAUUACGAAAAACACAUAAACAAGAGCAUCCAGACUACAAAUAUCAACCAAGAAGAAAGAAAGGACGUUCACUAGCAGUCAGUGCAGUACAAUGUGGCGAUAGCUUCAAUGCAGCCGUAACAGCAGCUGCAAUGAUGACUUUGACCACCAGCAAAAAUAACAAUGGCAACAGCAACAAUAAUGGUAUAGUUGAAGUUAAGUCCAACAAUGGCCACAAUAGAAAAACAACAAACGCACAGUUGUCUAGUAGACUAAAUGGCAAAAGUAACAAUGGCAACAAACGGGGCCGUGAACCGACUUCAGCAACAACAACAACAGAACAUGUAAAUGGUAAAUCAGUGUACGAUAGCAUGGUGGAUAUAAAUGAAACUGUAAAGAAUGCGUGUAAAACAGCAGGGUUGUUGACUCAGGGACAUUCACUGGCCAAUGGUAUGGUGAUAAGUGAUGAGACAGCUGAUUUUAUGUUCAAUCGUUACGAAUAUACAAAACGUAUGGAUAGUCCAUGUUCAACUACAAGCUCUUUGCAAUCUUGUGGUACUAUGGGAAAUGAAACGCAGCAACCUCUAACACCUCCAGCAACACCAUAUACACGUGCUAGCAACCAUCAACAGCAACAUUUGCAACGCACCAUGAUGGUUCCACCAACAAAUGAUACUGGUGCCUUAAACGAAUAUAAUUUACUUAAUAUUGAAGGACGCGAAUUCAUUUCCUUGGACGAUUGCUCCUUUGGUGGUGGUAGUGGUAGUGGAAUAAUGAAUAACAAUAGUGAAUUAACAGAAAGUCAAAACCAAUUACCACCAUAUGCUCUACAGUUCUACAUGAAUCGUUCCUCGUAUGAACAACAAAAUUCUAUGGAAUAUCAAAAUUACAAUAACAAUAAUAAUAUUGUUGGUGGCUCUGGUUUGCCGGAGUAUUCAACAUAUCGUCGCUCUGAUUGUGCAUCAUCUCCCACGAUACACACCAUUGAACCGUUAAAUUAUUUUAACAUAUCUUCACCGCAAACAAAACCUCCCAACCUCAUGCCUACAGCUUCUUUGAAAUCAGCUACAGCGAAUGGUAGUAAUUAUGUGGCGCCAUAUGCUGCAAUUACAAAUACUGUUUCCCCAACGACCGUCCCAAAUGAAGAUGUUGAAGUUAAUAUCGAACAAUACUUUAUAGAUCACUUAAUGCCAAUGGAGCCUAAUAAUGCCUCUCUACAUACCGCAUCAGCAAUGACCACCUCUUUAAUAACAUCUUCCUCAUGCCAUUCGCCCCCUCAGACAAGUCAAAAAGAAGAAACAUCUGGAUUGUUGGUUGCUAAUAACAAUUCACCGAAAUCUUUGUUAUAUGCAAAAAUACCAAGAGAAUCACAACUGCUGCAUGCUGCCGUCAGCAAUACAGCUACAACGCCAACAACCCUAAGCUGUUUACCAACACCCUCAAACUCUUCUACAUCCUGUUCAUCGUCGACAACUCCUUCAUCGUUGGCAUCACCACAAAAAUUUUCAACAUCACCUACGUUGAAGACUAGUGAAAUGACUUCAUUUAAUACACAUGUACAUGGCGCUGACAACUCGAAUUGUUUUUAUGUGCCUCAAGAACACACACCGAACGCAAUAUCUUUGACAACAACCGCAACAACUAUAGCAGCAUCCACCUUGACGGAAAACAUUGAAUUACAACAACAACAUCAACAACCACAACCCGAGUAUUCGUUGUACAGUAAUGAUGAUCAUUCCAAUAAUCAUCAUGCUUUCUCUACACAAAAUUCAAUUGUGUCCGCCCAUCUUCAACAGCAACAACAUCAUCAUCAGCAGCACCCACAACAUCUGCUCUGGAAUGGUUAUAAUGUACAAUAAAAGUCACUUAGUUAUAAUUAGUUUUAAAUUUACAUACUUACAUUUUUUUAAAUAGUAUUAUCUUUUUUUACAUUUUCAUUUACGUACUUAGUACAUACAAACAUGUGUACAUAUGUGUGUAUUUAUCAGCAUAUAUAUUUAUUUAGAAAUUGUCUUUUAUUAUUAUUGCUUAUGUACAUAGGAAUCUAUAUAUAUAAAA